CGGGUCGGGUUGAGUCGGGUCGGGUGAUGAACAAAGAAGAAAACCCCAUUAGCAGCCGAUUGGCAGUGCUCACUUCUCAUCUGCGAAAAUCUCCUCAGACGGCGGCGAUGGCUUCUGAGAAAGAGGCUGCUCUUGCUGCUUCCCCUUCCGACGAUUCUCCGACCAUAUUCGACAAGAUUAUCAACAAGCAAAUACCAGCGAACAUCGUGUACGAGGAUGAACAUGUACUAGCGUUCAGAGACAUAUCUCCACAGGCGCCUACUCACAUCUUGGUUAUUCCUAAAUUAAGGAACGGAUUAACUGGAAUCUCUAAGGCAGAGGAAAAGCACUUCGAAAUUCUUGGCCGACUUCUCUACACAGCUAAGAUAGUUGCGAAACAAGAAGGCCUCGAUGAUGGCUUCCGGCUCGUGAUUAACGACGGGCCAAGUGGAUGUCAAUCUGUGUAUCACCUGCACAUUCAUCUGCUCGGGGGACGACAAAUGAACUGGCCACCUGGCUAAGUUUUCAUCACCCCUUUCUUAACUGCACUCUUCUCAAGUUUCGACUUUCGGAAUUUUAAAUAAACAUACGACGGGUUUAAUUUUAUUUCUCACGUUUUGCUUAUUGCGUUACGUUGAAUGUAGUCUUUAUGUAUCUGAAGUUUAUGCUGAACAUAGUUUGAUGUAUUCAAUUGGGUGUUUAUCCAUGUAAUAUUUUAACGGAUGCAACAUAGAUUUCACCGUAUAAAAACUAUGUGUUUAUUGCAUUUUAG